UAUUGCGUUGAAAGUGAUCAUAUAUUCUCCAAUAUAGCCGGUAAAAUCAAAUAAAAAAUUACAUUGAAAGUCUUCCGUAAAAUUCCGCAACGCGAAAACAUAAAUUAAAACAUUUAAAAAUCCUUUCAUCGCCAAUUUUUGUAGUUAUCGGUAUACGUUGGUGCGCCGCCACCCAUUCGCCCACCAAAAUGUCAGAGCAUAGCGCGUGGGGCAACCGCCAAGCGACCGCAGCCGAGGCCGCCCUUUGGUGGCCUGGCGCGAUCGCGGCGGCAGCGUCACAACAACAACACCAACAACAACAACCAACCAUUGAUCAGCAAACUCUUCAACACUAUCAGCAGCAGUUGGCUGCGCAGCAACAACAGCAGGCAGUACAGCAACAACAAUUGCAACAACAGCAGGCCCAUCAAGUGGUCGUGCAACAAAAUCAACAGCAAGCACAUCAAAAUAAUGCCAACACCACUUCUGGUGUAGGCACCCAACAGUUAUUUACCUAUAAAAUGGCUAGUAGCUUCCCAAAUCCAGCCACGACCAUGGCACAGGUGGUCGCUACCUCAAAUGCGGCCGGUUCGACCGGCUACGAUUAUCGUCUUAAUAUGGCACAAGCAGCUGCAGCGGCAGCGGUACCCGGUUCACAGUGGUGGUAUUCGGCUGCGAAUUCUGGACAGAUAGAUGCCAACACCGCUGCACAGUUGCAACAGCAACAACAACAGGCACAGCAACAGCAACAGCAGCAACAACAGGCACAGCAGCAGCAACAGCAACAACAGGCACAGCAACAGCAGCAACAGCAACAACAGGCCCAACAGCAACAACAGCAAGCGGCACAACAGCAACAGCAGCAAGCUCAACAGGCACAGCAACAACAAUUGCAGCAACAGCAACAGAAUGCCGCAGCGAGCACGAUGGUUCGUGGCGCUAAAGCUGAUGCGAAACCCCGAGGCCGCAUGACAGCGUACGCAUUCUUUGUACAAACAUGCCGAGAGGAGCACAAGAAGAAGCAUCCCGAUGAGACAGUGAUCUUUGCUGAAUUCUCCCGAAAGUGCGCUGAGCGAUGGAAGACAAUGGUGGACAAAGAGAAGAAGCGCUUCCAU